ACGCAACAGGUGUUUCCUGCAAGCUUUUCACAUUACUCGGCGCUAAUAUAACUAAGCCACUCUUCUCAACAAAAGCUGUCUGUCCGACCCGACCCCUCACACAACAGCAGCGCCCUUGACGCUGGAAUUCAUCGCUCCAAGGCACGCCCACAACAUCCGACACCUGAAUAAUCGUUGCCACCACUCCGACGACCAGCGCCAGCUCCCGCCGGCUUUCCGUCACUCGACGGAGAUAUAACACAACCAGUCAGCAUGGAGGCACUCACCGAUGUGGGUGACGCGCCGGCACUAGGAAUGCACUGUGCGAUAUGCUUUCUCGACUGCGGUUCAAAGCUUGUCGCCCAGGUCAGCGGCUAUCUGGUCUGUGGACAAUGCGUCAGCAAACUCUUCGAGCGGGCUGUCAGCAAUGAAUGCAAUUACCCCCCAACGUGGGAAGGCGAGAAGCUGGAUAUCGACGCUUUCCGCCCGUUCCUAACGCCCAAGCUACUACAAGAAUUCAAGGAAAAGGAGAGGGAGUACACGUGUCCGGUGCCGGCACGUGUGUAUUGCGAAGGCCUGCGUCAAAACCCGAGCCACCCAAUGCAUGCAGAGCGGUGUAACGCCUUCCUUGGCAAGCGUACAGCUCCUCUGUCUGCGCUGGCGCCGAGCACCAUCGACUGCAAGACCUGCUGUACCGUCUCAUGCCUGAGCUGUAAGCGUGUCAUUGAGAGCCAUUUCCACAAAUGUGACCCCACAAACGACGAACGGCAGGAUUACGCAGCAUUCGACGGCCUAGAGCGUGGUAAAGACUAUCAAAUCUGCCCAGCUAAGCACUGUUUACGGAAGCUGCAGUUGGUUGACGGCUGUAACCACUUGGUCUGUGUGUGCGGUACUCAACUCUGCUUCGUCUGCGGCGAGCCGGCGAAGGAUGGUUCUCCACAUUGGACUAUGCGGCACGGGGUCAGGACCUGCCCGAGAUACAACCGACUGGGCGACGGCAAUGCGCAGUGGGAUCCCAACAACCAAGAGACAGUCCGUGCUGCACAACGUCUCGCUGCGCAACGUGCUGGCUACGUCAAUGAGGAAGCUUUCGGACAUAAUUUUGCAAGGCGCAACGCGAUUUACGGUACCCCGAGGGAGGGACAUGCACCUGAGUUCCAACACCUCAACGCAACUCUGGAACGCCUUGACUACAUGCGCCAAGAAAUUUUGCUCAGCGGAGACCACAACAUAUCAGUUGAGCGUCUGCGUGAGAUCGAGGCUCAAGAAGUAAUUGUCAUGCAAGCAAGUCAGGCGGCCAUGCAGCGUCAACAGCAAGCAACCCGAAGCGUCGUCGAGUUCGCCGGUCCAAACGGUGGGAUACCGAACCCUUUGCGCGCACACCCUGUCCAGCCAGCAGCGACUGACUUUAUGCCGCACGAAGAUGGCACAUUACUGAUGCCGGAGCCACUUCGUUCGCACCCCGUCCACCCGCAGAGCCAUGGGUUUCCACUUCAAUCCGACCAGUCAACCCUCGUUACCAUUACUGGGCUUCCAAAUGGUCAUCCCCACUAUGGCUCAUCUGCUGGACGUGGUAGACAGGGUCACGGUAUGCUUUCCAGGCCGUCACCCUUCGGUAGGCCUACGUACAACACAAAUCCCGCCUCGUCCAAUGAGCGCGCAUAUGGCCAGCGUUACCGUGGGGUUCGCUCGAUCCAGAUGUCCAGGCCCGAUCGUCCCGCGGCGUCCGAUGGAAGCGCACGUGACCAGCAUUCUCACUCUCGUUACCCAUCUGAGUUCUAUCAGACAUCUCGCCCUCAAGUGAGGUUCCCAUCUGCUGAGCACCGCGUUCGUCCGUCUACUCACGAUCUGCAUCUGCACGAAACUCAACCAACUCCAGCGAACAACCGACAACAUGUGGGCGAAGCCCCAUCAACCAUAAGCUCAGCCCGCUACGCAACACUCUCUCACGUGGGCAACGCUGCCAACGAGACUCUGGAAUCGCAAUCUCCUCGGUUCAACAAUCAUAACAACGGACUAACCUACCCGACCACAGAUGCGGCAUAUGCCCACACAUUCGCUCUGCCUCAACCACUUGCACUCACCAUGUCUUCGCGUGAGCAGCAGGCGAUGGCAGGGGCACGUAUGCUUACUCAGAACCUGGAAGCUCUGUCCACGCAGGGCCCUUCCAGGUCUGCGUUGCACCAGGCCGAGUGGACCGGCAACCGCAUGGACUUCGCAGAGGAGAAUGUAGACGAUGAGGGUUUCUGAGACGGUGCCUGCCUGCUGAAGUCUAUCGACAACAUGGCCGUCGCAAAGAGGUGGGCGUGGGGAUGCGGCAUGAAAAGCUCAAGGUACAGCGCGAGCAGGAGCUAUCGCCAUCAGACCGUUGUAACCUCUGAGGCAGUCAUUGCAGGUAUAGUGAUGGGACUGUGCUGUGUCGAGUUCUCUAUGCAGCGUCGCAUACUAAUGGACGAAGAGCCAUGAUUGAAGACGCUGCAGGAAGGAGUGAAGGCGUUCUUGUUGCAAAAGGAAUCAAAUGUUAGCCGUGUUAAGCGACGGUGUACAACCUCAUUCGCGUAGCUGCCGUAAAAGUUCGAUGAGACCUUCUAUUGCACCCUAACAUCAU